AUGGACGACAUGACCGGCGAACAGCUCGCCCUGCCCUCCGACCGCGUCCGCGCAUAUACGCGCCACGGCCCGAUUGUCGGGGGGAGGGUGCGGAAUGGAGUGCAGGUAUUUCUCAACGUACCGUACGCGCUUCCCGUGUCGCGAUGGACAGACGCGGCCCCUCUCCCUCCCACAUAUCGCUAUCCCGAACGCGAAUAUACCGUCGAUGGCGCGUACUGCGCCCAGCCCGGCCGGGCAUAUACUGCACACAUUCCUGUACGCCAACGUCUGGGCCUGGGUCAGCCGACCGAGAACCCGUUCUUCGCGGAUAUAUACGUGCCCUCGGACGCCGAGUUGGAAUGUCCACCCCUCGAAAGCCUCGAAAGGACGGGGUUGAGGCCUGUCCGUGUUUUUGUGCAUGGUGGGUUCUUGCAGUUUGGGAGCACGAGCGGGUCGACGUACAACCAGCAAUUCUUUGCUGCGGAGCAUUUUGGCGAGGUCCGCGUGUUGCUGGGACAUCGUGUUUCGGCGCUGGGAUUUCUCGCCUCGCCGCGUCUAGAAGGUAAUUGGGGAUUCAAGGAUGUCUGGCUCGGCAUCGAGUGGGUCCAGUCCAACAUUGCUGCUUUCGGGGGCGAUCCAACCCAGAUCCACCUCUCGGGCUUGAGCGGCGGCGCGCACAUUGUCCACCAGCUACUACAUCGGGCGGCGCGGGGCCAGGACGCGGCGUUCGUCAGCGCGACGCUGCAGAGUAAUGCCAUCCUCACGGAUCCGUUAUCACGACACGCACGAGAGGACCAGUUCGCCCAACUCGCCUCUGCUCUCGGGCUCGAUCCCAAUGAUCCACUAGUCGUGGAGAGGAUGCGUGAUCGGGAACAAAUCCCGACUGGGCGCCUGAUCGCGGCGAUAGAGGGCAUGGGAACCGAGAGCACGUUCCGUGGCGUCGCGGACGACCUGCACGGUCGAGACCAGAUGGCUUUCCAAGCUUCUGGGGAAUUGGCGCGUGGCCUCGCCGCUGCUGGUGUGCGUGUGGUCGUUUUAGGAGAUGUGCGCGACGAAGCACACUUCUACGCCCAGUGUCAUCCAUGCCCAUCCCCAGCUGACCUCGUCCCAAACGUGGCGCGGUAUUACCCACUCCCAACUACUACUGCGCUACUCGCGUCUUAUCCGCCCCUCACGUCCAUGUCCGAGGACGCGUGUCAGGCGCGUAUGGGACGGGUGUUAGCGGACGGACAGGUACACCUCCCUGUGAGGCUGCUUGCGCGCGACCUCGCUGCCACUGGCCUCCCGGUCGUGCGGUAUACCAUAGAGAUGGUUGUGCAGGCGCUCGGUACCAGGGGGAGCAUACCGCAUGGCAGUGACUUGCCCAUCCAGCACCUCAGAUUAUCCGCCAUGACCGAGGACGAGGCACGAUUAGCGCUCGAGUGGCACGCGGCCAUCAGCGCCGCCACGCAGCCUGCACUCCAAGGUGACGGGAGCGCCUUUGUCCAGAAGCCAGAGGACCAGGUGCUUACUCUAGACGAGAGCGGGGUGAGCUGGCGACGCGACUGGCGGUGGGACACGUUACGCGCUGCUGAGGCUGCGGUGCGCCCACCACAACCGCUCGCACACAUGUAG